AUUUACUCGUGUAUUGAGUUAUUGGUGAAGCAUUGCGCUGAUGUCAAUCUACCAGCCGAAAAUGCAAAAACUCCAAUUCAGAAUGUUUUGGAAAAUAACCAUUUAGAUGUGGACAAUAAGAUAAAACUUAUGCACUGUUUCCUCAGUGAUGCCAAAUAUGUUGACGUGAACGAUGUGCGCACCAGGCUGAUAAAACUGUUGCCCGAUUUUGAACUAUCGCCAACACACAUUCAAAUUGACAAAGAAUGGACUGUAGAUCGUUUCUUUGAGUGCUUGCAUAAUGAAAAAGAAAUUGAAUUUUUACGAGGCAUCAGCUUCAUUGCUAUGAACAACCAAAAUCGAUUAACUGAACUGUUGACUGUCGUCAACGGUAACAUGACACUUUUGACAUUGGUCAUCGAAAAAGCAUGGAAAUUUUCUGUCGAAAAAAUUAUUCGACUGAAUGUUGAUGUAAACGCGAAAGCUGGCAGCCUUACUCCGGUUGAGUAUGCGAUCAAUGCGGGUCAUUGGGAAAUUUUGAAGCUGUUGUUGAGUUCAUCGAAAUUUGAUUUCUCUCAAUAUGAGACGCUUCUACCCACAGCCACAGUCGCACAAUACACUGACCGAAAAACGAAUAAUGAGAAGAAUUACGUUAAAUGUUUUGAAUUGCUUCUGAAUCAUUCAAAAAUCGACGUGAACGCAGUCGAUACGCUCGGCUGUACUGCCCUUCAUUAUGCCAUCCAAUACAAUGAUUCGAAAACUAUUGUCGAUGUUUUGGAGUUAAAUAAGCGACAUCAUAAAACUUCAGCAGUUAUUACAAUUUUUCUGAUUACCUACGAAAUUUUUGGUUUGCUUGGCGCGAUUCCAUUUUGGUCAUUCUCCACUCAUUAUGUCAUGUUGAAAACUGUCACCAAAAAUUUCUUCAAAUGCUUGUUAAUGUACGCUAUCAUAUUAGUCGCAUUUACAAUGGCGUUUUUCAUUUUAUUCAAUGAUGCAAACAAUUCGUCAAAUCUUUGUCUAACUGCAACCUCUAAAGCCUCUGCAAACUAUGUUUCCAAUUGCACCAACAAGACCAACCCAUUCAGUACGGUUGGUUUGGCCUUAUUUAAAGUUUCAACAAUGGCAAUUGGCGAUAUUGAUGCUGAUAGCAUAAAUUUCAACGAAAAUGAGAUAAGCUAUGCGGUUUUCGCUGGCUUUAUUCUAUUGAUUACAACUAUUCUUGCAAAUUUAUUGAAUGGCUUAGCGGUGAGCAACGCCACAGGUAUCAUUACGGAAGCGAAACAAACUGAACUGAUUCAACGUUGCACAUCUUUGACUCGCUUUGAAGAUGGAUUUUUCAAUAUUGCAUAUCGAAUUGGUCUCACAAAACUCAAAUCGAAUGUUAUUCGAGUGAGGACAAAUCAGAAUAACCGAAUUGUUGGUGAGAAUCGAAAGAAAUGUUGCGGAUCCGCUCGAAUGAGUGACAGUGUUGUGAACGAAGCAUUCAUGCUGCUGAAACGGGUUGAAAUGCAAGAGAAAGAAGUAAUUGAAAGGAAACGAAUUGAGAGACAAUUUUUGAACAUCGAAACGCUACUUGAAAAAUUGUUUCAACAAAGAUUGAAUUGA